UUUGGGGGAGGAAAGGGGAAAUUGGGGCAUUCUCGCCGCUGGGGCUGAUGGGAGUUGUAGUUCGAAAGGCUUAGGUGCUUUAGCACCUCCCUGGACUACAACUCCCAGCAGCCCUCGCGGUGCACCACGUGGUGCCAGCGGACCAAUAGGAGCGCGCCGGUGGCGGAAGUGGAGCCCCCCUCACGGCGUUCCCGGUGGCGGUAACGGGGCGCAGGUACCGGGGCGGGCCGAGGUGACGUCAGAGACCGCGAGGGAUGCUGGGAAACCCCGGGAGACGCCGCUCCAUGGAUCCGUGCCCGGGCCGCCCCAAGGCGCCGUCCUUCCUGUCGGACCUGGGCAAGGCCACGCUGCGGGGCAUCCGCAAGUGCCCGCGCUGCGGCACCUACAACGGCACGCGGGGGCUGAGCUGCAAGAACAAAACGUGCGGCGCCGUGUUCCGCGGGACGCGCUGCAUCCACUUCCUGGCCUGCAUUUGCGCCUUCGCCAGCGACGACAGCCUGGCCCAGGAGUUCUCCCACUUCCUGGCCUCCGACGCCGGUGGUCUGAAGGGCACAGUGAUCCCACAGCUGCUGCGCGGCCCCGCAGCCACAGCACGGCCUCGGGGCACAGCUGCUGCCAGGGCCAAGAGGAGGAGAAAGGACCUGGCAGGGCCGCAGGGGCCCGGGCCCCUCCUGGCUCCGGACCCGGCUCAGCCCGGCCCCAGGAGGAGCAGCCUGAGGAAGCCCCCGGUCGCCUCCUCCUCAUCCUCCUCCUCCUCGCUGAAGAGACACGGCUGUCCCCAGGCGCUGGAUGAGUCCCAGGUGUCGCUGUCCUUCCAGGAGUGGCUGGGCAGUGUCACAGAGCGCAUCCACCAGACCAUGCACUACCAGUUUGAGGGCCACCCAGAGCCGCUGGUUUUCCACAUCCCCCAGUCCUUCUUCGAGGCUCUGCAGCAGCGCAUCUCCAGCGGCAGCGGCAAGAAGAGGCUGCCCAACUCCACCACGGCCUUCGUGCGCAGGGACGCGCUGCCCCUGGGCACCUUCUCCAAGUACACCUGGCACAUCACCAACGUCCUGCAGGUGAAGCAGAUCUUCGACACGCCCGAGGUGCCGCUGGAGAUCACCCGGAGCUUCGUGCAGAACCGCGACGGCUCCUACGAGCCCUUCCGCAGCCCCCGCGUGGAGGUGGAGAGCCUGGCCGAGGGCCACGAGAAACAGCCCCCGCUGCGGCCCCUGGAGCUGCAGACCUUCCUCAAAGUCGGGAAAAUACCCUGGGAAAACAGGGGAAAUACCCUGGGAACGCAGAAGGAGCCCACGCCCUUCACCAUCGAGUGGAUCCCCGACAUCCUGCCCCGCUCCCGCCUGGGAAAAAACCUGGGAGACCCCCAGAAUGGGAGGGGGAAAGAUGGGGGACCUGGGAGACCCCAGAAUGGGGGGAGAAUAGGGGGCGACCUGAGAGAUCCCAAAAUGGGGGGGAAAGGGGAGGGAAAACCUGGGAGACCCCCAGAAUUGGCGGGGGGGGAAGGGAGGAGACCCCAAAAUGAGGCGGGUAGAAGAAUGGGGGAAGAAAGAGGGGAAACCCGGGUUACCCCAAAAACGGGGAGCACCCGGCAGACCCCUCCAAAAUGGGGGUACAUAUGGGGGGAAAGGGGAGAGCACCCCCAGACCUUCCCAGAGCCCCCGGUGGGUCUGGGGGAUGCCCAGCACAGUGCUCAGUCCCCGCCCAUCCCCAGUGCUCCCAGGUACUGUGGGACAGGUGGACAUCAUGGGGGGACACAGGGACAUCCUGGGGAUGGGACACAUGGACAUGGGGGCAUGGUGGCACAGUGA